CUUCACUUUCCCUCUCAUUCUCUCCUUCCAAACAGACAGAGAGUUUGUUCACUAAAAUCAUGAAAUUCGGCAAGAGCCUCAGCAACCAGAUCGAGGAGACUUUACCUGAAUGGCGCGACAAGUUCCUCUCCUACAAGGAACUGAAGAAGCGGUUGAAGCUAAUAGUGCCCAAAGGCGGAGAUAGGCCCAAUAAACGCCUCAGAUUGGACUCCGCCGGUGGAGAGUGCAGUGGUUCCGCCGGAGAUGGCAUGUCGAAAGAGGAAAUUGAUUUCAUCCAGUUGUUGGAGGACGAGCUCGAGAAAUUCAACACCUUCUUCGUCGAGAAGGAGGAAGAGUACAUAAUCAGAUUGAAGGAGUUACAAGAUAGGGUUGCAAAAGCAAAGGAUUUCAAUGAAGAGAUGAUUCAGAUUCGCAAGGAGUUUGUGGACUUCCAUGGAGAGAUGGUUUUGUUGGAGAAUUACAGUGCCCUGAACUACACUGGACUUGGGAAAAUACUGAAGAAGUAUGACAAAAGAACUGGCGCCCUCAUUCGGCUGCCCUUCAUCCAAUGGGUAUUACAACAGCCUUUCGUCACCACAGACUUGCUGUACAAGCUUGUGAAAGUGUGUGAGACUAUGCUUGAUCAGCUUUUCCCCAAGAAUGAACCAUCCUUGUUAUCUGCUGAGGCAGUGGAUGUUGAAGGAGGUUCCAAUCCUUCAACCCCCACCACCAAUGGCAGUGGUAUGCUCAGAGUCCCCAAGAAACUCACAGAAAUUGAAAACAUGGAGAGCUUAUACAUGAAGAGCACCAUAUCAGCGUUACGAUCUUUAAAGGAAAUUAGAAGCAGGAGCUCAACGGUUAGUGUUUUCUCAUUGCCACCUUUGCAAAUAAGUGGCAUGGAUGAGACAUGGAAGAAGAUACCAAUUCUGGAACAAGUAGCCAAAUAGUUGGAUUUUGAGGAGAAAAAAUAUAGCAGGGAGUUAUCUAGUGUUCUUCAUUACUCCUUUAUUUGUUUUCCCUUCUUUUUUUGUGUGUGUACUUCCUGUACUUAUUAUGCAUGGCUUAGAUAUUACUAACACUGAUGUAAAAUGAAGUAGAGAAUGGUGUGUAUGAUAGAAUAUGUGAUCUCAUUGAAAUUGAAACUUGAUCAUCCAAUUUGGUUUUACAUUUUGUGGGCUCGAGUGGUUAUGUUGGAUGGCUCAUUGAGUAUUGUUUAUGAAUUGAAGUUCAUUUAAUUUGAAG